AUGUCUAUCCCCACCGAUCUUGCCAAACCAACCCACGCUGCCACGACUACCAGCGUAGUCAGUCGCGUCGCCUUCCAGCUUCCAGACCUUGUGUCUUCGGCCGCUCCGGCCACUGCACGUCCUCGUACUCCCGCGUUUGCUGCGGCGCGUGCCCGCGCGGACGCUGCUCGUGAGCCCUCUCCACCACGCGCCCCCCCCGCUCCUGGCGCCCCUGGUGUUCCCGCCCACGAUGGCGACGACGUGUGGUCCUUCCAGCGCGAACAACGGCGCCAAGCCGACGCGAUCAGGUCGAAGAGCGACAUCGGAUACCACCGACCCACGAUGGCUGAGUUGCAACCCGUCCUGGAUCUUCUGGCCACCGGGUCCGCCAGUGGCGGCGAACUCUUCGAUGCCUUCGAGCCUCUUCGCCGGGACUCGAACCGCGCCAUCGUUGGAUAUGUCCGUAUCCCGACUGGCGCGUUCACCGCGCAGAUCGACGAGGGCAAGGCCCUGAAGGCCGUGCUCUUCGACAACCACCAGGCCAAUGUCGGCUCCUCAUUGGCUGAGCUCAUCCAACUUCGAAAGGACCUGGCCAACCAGCAACUGGUUCUGGGCCUCGCAUCGUUCCGCGCCAUUGACGCCCUGACCGGCGUCUCAUUCAAGCUGCCUGUCAAAGACGGACAGCAAACAUUCCUUGUGGAGGCCGCCCACGCAAUGGAUGGGUUUCACGUCGACAUACUUGACUUUGCCCACGAUCGCGCGGCUGAACGGCACCUCUGGUGUAUCCUCGCUGCGUGGGGUGCCCCGCCUAUCGCGGGCGCGUACACACAGGUUUUGGCGCUGCAGGGUGCAAAAACGUCCCGCUACCGCUUGACGUUUGCCACGGCCGAUGCGCCGUCCCUGUUUAGAUCUAACGGUCGACUUAUCGACGAGAUUAUUCUGCUGGGUCGUUGCCACCGUGUCUACGGAAAAGGUUGGUACAACCACAAGCAGCCCCUUCAGCGUACGGACAUGGAUAUUGCGGCCCGUGAGCGCAAGAUUGUUCGUCCACCGACUCCGCCACCCCCAGGCGUGUCCCCCUCACCCCGCACGACCGGUUCCCCCAAGCCACAGUGUGUUGUAACUCCCCCACCCGCGGCGUGGACUCGUGUUACCCGCGGAGCUCCCUCCUCUCCUAGCACUCCCGGGCGUCCCUGGGUCUCGACGAACGUGUUUGACGUCCUACGCCAGCAUGUCGUGGUGACUCCUGUUCAGUUGUCCGCUUCCAAUGGCAAGGACGUUAUCGUCGUCCCCCAAAUCCUCGAAUCCCCAGAUGCCCCUACCUCAACCCCACCCUCAACCUUCGUCAGCGGCACCAAAAUCGUGAAGGGCACGGCCGUUCGCAUUGAAAUGCCGCUUGACGCCAUCCUGCAGGAAUUUGCAACGAUGGAUCGCUCGUCCCAGGAGGCGCAGGCCUCAUUCGAAUCUCACUGUAUCGCCGCCCGUGGCUCCACUACCUUGGACCUAGCCACGUACAUCCAAAAUGGUGUGGCCGACUGGAUUCAACGUGAUGUUGAGGCCCAUCCCAUCGAGUUUAGUCGCCAACUACUCUCUCUUGCGUCCUCCGACCCCACCCAACUCGUCCAAUUGAUCCGCCUCCGCCUGGUGUGUCGUUGGUUGCGAGCGACAUGGGGAUCUACGACCCCGUUCUACAAACUGUACGCGAAUGUUUUCGGCCACAAAUUCUCAAUCCCCGCUCUUGACGACGACUUUGCCAUGCUUCUCAGCACGGCCAAUGUAACAGAUCACGUCGCUCUUCACGAUGGCGAUGAAUGUAUGGUACUGGCGCUGGAUGCGGAAAGUGUGUUGGCCCUUGGGGAAAUCGUUCUGGCCUCCGUGGCACCCAUGUACUACGCGAGUGAUUCUGCCCUCUGCGUUGCUACAUCAUCACCUGUCUUCUCACUCCCUGCACGUGGAUGUGACCGAUUCCUCGCUUCAUGCACGCUUAAAUCUGUGCUUCUACACUCUCCUCUGGGAUCCAUCGUUUGGGACCGUACGCGAGCGCUCCUAUCGUCAGCUGCUACCUCAGCUUCAGUCCAGGCACGCACGGACGGCAACGUGGAAGGUGACGCCUACAUGGGAGACGAUCUUACAACUACGCUUCUCCUCUACUGGGUGCGUGAUAUGGAUCGGCUGAAAACGAUCGACUCCCAUGGUACCCUGGACAUGGAUGCGUCCAACCAGAUCCUGUUUGACGCAUCGGUGAGCACCCUGGUCCACCGCAGCCUCGACGACCUGUGGUCCGACGAUGUUGCCACUUCGAGCGGCUAA